AUGGACGGGCCCCUGAACCUCUCCGCCACCCCAUGGGCAGCCGCGGCCAACCGGAGCGGCGGCGGCGGCCCCCCCACGGCCCUGCCCGGCCGGGCCCCGCUGUCGGUGUUCGGCGUCCUGCUGCUCACCCUGCUGGCGCUGCUGGCCGCCGCCACCUUCCUGUGGAACGUGCUGGUGCUGGCCACCAUCCUGCGGGUGCGCGCCUUCCACCGCGUGCCCCACAACCUGGUGGCCUCCAUGGCCGUCUCCGAUGUCAUGGUGGCGGCGCUGGUCAUGCCCCUCAGCCUGGUGCACGAGUUGGCCGGGCGGCGCUGGCGGCUGGGCCGGGCGCUGUGCCACGUGUGGAUCGCCUUCGACGUGCUGUGCUGCACGGCCAGCAUCUGGAACGUGACGGCCAUCGCCCUGGACCGCUACUGGUCCCUCAGCCGCCACCUGGAGUACACCUUGCGCGUCCGCCGCUGCAUCUCCAACGCCAUGAUCGCCCUCACCUGGGCCCUCUCCGCCGUCAUCGCCCUGGCCCCGCUGCUCUUCGGCUGGGGGGAGACCUACUCCGAGGGCAACCAGGAGUGCCAGGUCAGCCAGGAGCCCUCCUACACGGUCUUCUCCACCUUCGGCGCCUUCUACCUGCCGCUCUGUGUCGUGCUCUUUGUCUACUGGAAGAUCUACAAGGCGGCCAAGUUUCGCAUGGGAUCCCGGAAGAGCAACUCCAUCACUCCUGUCGCCCCCGAAGGGCUAGAGGUGAAGGAGGCCUCCCAACAAUCCCAGAUGGUCUUCACAGUCCGCCACGCCACUGUUACCUUCCAGACUGAUGGAGACACGUGGCGAGAGCAGAAGGAGAAGAAAGCUGUCCUCAUGGUGGGCAUCCUUAUUGGAGUCUUCGUACUAUGCUGGAUCCCCUUCUUCAUCACUGAACUCAUCAACCCUCUCUGCUCUUGUGACAUCCCACCCAUUUGGAAAAGUAUUUUUCUAUGGCUCGGAUAUUCUAAUUCCUUUUUUAAUCCACUGAUCUAUACGGCUUUCAACAAAAACUACAACAAUGCCUUCAGGAAUCUGUUUUCCAGACAGCACUGAGCAGCAAGCAGGAAAUGAGAGGAAACCCCUUCUUCUCCAGCAACCCCUCUAAAGCUCCAUCACUUUCCCUACUUAGCACAUCCUAUGGAGACUGGGGAACGCUGAAAGAAACUCUCAACUACAGAGAUCACCAGAAUGAUUCAUUGAGCUCAUAAAAGAUUUGCCUCUGAAGUUCAGCAGCCCUCAGAGACUCUGCCCACACUUCCUUUCUCACCCUCCAAGCCGGCCCUUUUGUAAACAGCACACAAGGGCUUGCUGAGUCUCCAGCAGUGUCCUUUUCCAGCACGUGGUUGACUUCACCCUCUCUUCAGUGAUGUCACUCAGGUGCAGUUGCUUGCAAGAGCAGGACAGAGAAGUCCAUGUGACACAGAAGGGUUUUUGAAGCCCAGUGCCUGCUUAGCUGGUCUUUGCAUUUCAGAACUAUUAAUUUGCAUAUUCCCAUAUGCAAAGCCAAACCCCUUUAGCAGUAGGGUUUCUCAUGACAGUGUGAAACAGGCAUCUGAAGAAGUGGGUUUCUUUUUUUACCCAUGAAAGCUUAUACCCAAAUAAAUGUUAGCCUUUAAGGUGCCACUGGACUUCUCAUUUGUUUUUGUGUGAAACCAGCUAUUUUACUGAAAAAACUAUAUUUUUCAGAGGUGAAGAAUGGAAUCUGUGUUGCAGAGAUUAAUUUUAACUCUGAAAAUGAAUCUUAUUCCCCAAAUAUAACUGCUUGGUAAAGAUAUAAGAAAAGGCUUCUGCAUUAUGGAUCUAUCAACAGGGGGAUGUUUACUAUUGGAUUUGAUGUAGCAAGUUUUUCUGUAUUUGUUGUGGAAGCUUAAUUUGUUAUAUGCAAUAGAG